AUGAGGGAGGAGAAGCUAUCAGGGAUGAUAGAGGAGAAAGUGAAGGAAGCGACGGAGGUUUGCGCGGCGGACGAGAGAUCGGAAGAGUGUAGAGUCGCGUGGGACGAAGUCGAAGAAGUAAGUCAAGCCAAAGCAGAUCUUAGGAUCAAACUCAACCUUCUUAACCAAGAUCCACUCGAGAGUUUUUGUCAAGAGAAUCCUGAGACCGACGAGUGUCGAGUCUACGAAGAUUAA